AUGUUGAAAUCUUUAGUCUUGAUUUGGUUAUCGUUUUCAUUUGCAUGGGCAAGUUCUAUUAGUUUAACUUCUCCAAAACCAAAUGAUGUAUGGGAAGCUGGAUCUACUGUACAAAUCAAAUGGAAUGUCAAUGAUGAAGAUACAAAACCUAUUCGUCUUCAAUACGCUUCUGGUCCUUCAAAGGCUCUUGUCAUUAAUGGUCUUAUUGCUGAUAAUGUCGAUGCUUCCUUGGGUCAUUAUUCAUGGAAGAUUCCCAAAAGUCUUAAACCAAAGAAAUAG